CCAGGCCGGGGAGGCGCCGGAGUUGAAGUUUCGCGGGCACCGUUAGAAACGCCGUCUGGGCCACCAUGGAGCGGAGCGGGCCGUUGUUGGCGCAGGAGCUGAGACGCUGGGCGGCCGAGGAGAUGAAGCUCCCGCCGGGCAAGGUCCCCUCCGAGAGCGCCGCUCGCCGGAUGUGCUCCGGCCAGUGUGCCGAGAUCUGGAACUAUGUUAUCCGCCACGUUCGCCACCAGAGGACUGUGAAGAAGAUCCGGGGGAACCUGCUGUGGUAUCAGCAAAUGGACAAGACUGAGAGCAAAUCCAGUGGCUCGGAUUCAGAGAAGGAGCGCCGUAAGCAGCUGGCUCAAGGCAUUGCCCGCCUGCGGGGAGAACUGGAGCAGAUAGACCUGCAGAUUGAGUCAGCCCAGCGCCAACUCGCAGCUGAUGAGAUCGCUGUGGAGGUAGCUCAGGAGAAGAUCCAUGACACCAAACGCCGGACGUUGUUGCUGAAGGCCUACUCGGCUCGGGUCACAGCGGAGCGUCAGCAGUUGAAGACACAGGUGGUGCAAGUCGAGGGGCGCCUGGAACAGCUGCAGGAGAUGGAGAGGAAAGCCAAGAGACCGGUGGUGUUUGGCGGCAGAAGAGCCCUUGAAGCAGGAUUCCCCAGUUUGGAGCCCAAAGUUCUGCGUGACGUGCAGGAAGCCUGCAACUUGCGGUUUCUCUUUCUGAAGACCCUCUUUGAACAGAGUGUGUCCGGGAACAUCCCCAGCGGGAUGAGUGAAGAGCAACUGAGCAUGUCCUAUCAAAGCUGGCUGGGCAACGUGGAGAGAGUCACCGGUUCCCACCCGCCUGCUCACAUCCUCUCAGCCCUGGAACACCUGGCUCUUCAGAACACCCUCCAGUUGCAGGAACUCACAGACGGCAUCGACAUCCCUCGCGACGUGGAGGCACUCAAGUUCCGCUACGCCAGUGUCCACCUGGAAGAUGUCUCAGAUGCGGUGGAGGACUUGCCCUCUGUCCAUGGACUCAUACAGGAAGGCUGGAGCGAGUGUGAGAUGCUUUGUGUGCAGCAGUUCCUCCUGCAGGCCAAAGAGAAGCAGUUCAAGGCACAGCUCGAAGCCGUCGUCCAGGAGAUGCACCGUCUGCUGUCCGAUGGCUCAGAGGUCUCCAUUCUGGCCAGAGCUGUUUUUGAACUGGAACUUCGGGCAGUGAAAUUGCGGGGAUACCGAGACGGGCUGCUGAACGGCUGUCGGGCGUUGGAGGAAACCGUGAGGACCCGGUGCGAAGAGCUGCAGGCCUUACAAGCCAAGCGUCAUCGCAUCCUACAGUUCCGCCACCUGGUGGACGAGAAGCAGCAACAUAUCCGGACCCUCAUCAAAGGCACCUCCUACAUUAAAUCUCAGCUGCGCAAGGACCAGGCGGAGAUCCAGGACUUCAUAGAGAAGAAGCUACUGCCUCAACAGCAGCAGGUGGAACUAGAGGCCCAGCGCCUGCACAACAGGGUGGAUCGAGAGGUCCAGCUGUUCUGGGGUGUCAGUCUGCCUUGCUUGCUGCGCCGGGACCUGGCGGGGUUGCAGCGCAUCCCCGCCCACGAGCUCUCGAUCCAUCGCCUGAGCCGGACCGCACCAGCUGAAUACCGGGCAUUUAUCAACGUCUGCAAUGGCGCUGCCUUCCCCCUCUACAAGGGCCCUGAGCAAUUCCUCUCCCACGUGGCGGAACUGAAGAAAACACUCCACUGCCUGCGUACCCAGCUGGGCUCGAAACAGAGGACAAUGGGAAGUGUGCAGCGCCAGCUGGAAAACACUCAGGAGCCUAGUGUGCAGGCAUUACUGCAGGAGUUGCAAGCCCAUGAUCAGGAGCAGGCCCGCAAGCUGCUACCCCGGGUCCUGCGGAUGACGGAUCAGUGCAAGAGUUGCAUAGAAAACUGGCCGGAAAUGCAGGCCAUGGUUGAUGCCUGGUGGGAACAACCCGGACAAUUUGUGCUCCCCGGCGAACAGCGCUUUGGCUGCACUCUCCAGCAGUGGCUGGAGCGCUGGACCUUGGCCGCCAAGAUGGUGCAGCAGAAGCAGCAGCAACUCCCCGGCUGGAUCUGAGAGCAGGAGCCAGUUGGAAGCAACCCCCUAACUCUGGAACCUGCUGGAGUGGACUGAACUAUAGCACUGGCUCUUGUAGGGGUGUAGGUGUUGGCUGGCCGAGAAUUGGAAGGAACAAAUGUCUGGGAGGAGAAGGGAUAUAUCCCCUUUUCGUUGGAACAGAGUCUUGGCAGGGACAUUAAGGGCAAGAGUGACCUGUCUGUUUCUUUCUGAUCUUCCGGAAUAAAACCUAAAUGCAUUAACCUUAA